GCCCUCAUUCCCACACCAGAACUUCCAUUCAACCAGGAAUGAGUAACCAGACAACGCCAGUCAGGCAUAGCCCCGUUCUUGCCGCGCAGCCUGUCAGGGGCAUCCUGAAGCGGCCGGCCUCGCACCAGCAGCACGACGAGCGUGCUCCAAGACUUAAAUGGGACGAGGAAAACCUGACGAUUACGGAGGCACAGAAGGAUUCGACUAUGAAGAUUGACGAGCCUAAGACGCCAUAUGUGCACUACAACCACGAGUUGGACAAGGUCAUGGAUAUGGAUGACGCAUUCUUGCUAGAUGAUAACAAAAAGAAGACUGUCGCGCUGGCUCAUACGCCUCCAGUUUCCUCCUAUAUGAAAGGAUCGGAUGAUGAUGACGAAGAGGAUGCGGAUGACCAGGAAGAUGAUGGUCCCGAAGAAUGGCAGGACUCUGACGAAGAAGACGAGGACGAAGACGAAGCACCUCACGAGAAGAUCGACCAUGACAAAUUUGCAAAGAUGAGGGCGGAGCACUACAAGAUGAAGGAAGCGUUGCAGUUAGGACACGAGCUUGCAGAGGAAGAGCUGGCGGCAUUGGAUAGCCCCAACCCUAGUUCUGCACCUGUGCCUCCACUGCCGUCAUUCGCACGGCAGUCUAAUGCAGACUUGAGGGGGCCACUGGACCGGACGGGACCAAGUAACAACAAGGGUGAGCAUAGCAACAUGGAGCUUUGACGGCGGUUGUAAAGAUGGGCCGGCGAUAGUCGAUGCAGCAGAUAAAAUAAAUCGAUCACUUUCGCCGCUCCCCGUGUUCUGCAGCAUGAGGGCCUGGUGUGACCGGCACCAGGGCGAUUGUUUUGGUUUCUGGUAUUUGUUAUGUUGUUCAAGU